UGCUUCGGAAGCUCAUACGCUAGACCACUGUGCCCUGUCCCUGUCCACCGUGGACCUCGCCAGUGCGGGCGAAGCUCUACCUCUGGGGCAGCAGGCAGACGAACUGGCACGACGCAUCUGAGUCGGGCAGGGUGGGGCGCAAGCGCGGGAGGAGAUGAGUGCAUUUGAGUGAAGAUUGAUCUUCCUUAAAAUGGUUGCCACCGGCGUCAUUAUGACUAUCAAAGUUAUCGCCAAGAGGCUCAGCCUCCAACCUCGGGCGGGAAGGAGAAGAAGCAAGACUGGUCAGAGACUCUCUGUUCCCCCAGUCAGCACCAGGAACACCGGGGGCCACAGGCCAAACCCCCGGGCGAGCAGAACUGGCUGGGAGCGGGCAAAGGACCGGAGCCUUCUUCCUCACUUCUCGUGUCUUCUCGUCUCCUACCUGGAUCUAUUUGUCUGCUCUGAAGUCGCCUUCAUUACCCACUGACAGGAGCGUGUAUUUAUUUGCUUAUAAACCUGUUACAAUAAAUGAUUAUUCGAACGGCGUCAUUCGUACCUUAAUGACGAGCGGGCGCUACUUUUUGAUGAAUGACAUCUCCGACUCGGAAGGAUGUAUGGGUCAUUUUGACCAGUCAUUCCCUCGCUCUGGCAUCCCACAAUUUUUCCGCCUCCCUCCAAAAGAGAUAAUAAUAUUUAGAGCCGCUUGCUGGGGCUGAAUGAGAAUCAGCCCUGGGCGCAGCCCAUCAUUAAGACGGGACAGCCAGGCCACUGUGACAUUUUUUAGAAAGCUGAGAUGAUGGAAAGAAUAAGAAAAGAGAUGAUUCUGAUGGAGAGAGGGCUCCAUAGCCCUACUGCUGGCAAGAGGUUCUCCAAUUUGUCCGAUUCGGCUGGCGGUGCUGUGCUUGAGGCCCUGGAAAAUUCGCAGCACCCGGCUCGCCUCAGUCCGCGCCUUCCGUCCGCCCCGCUGCACGGAGCUCUGGGAGACCUUCCCGCCAAGGGCAAAUUCGAAAUAGACACUUUGUUCAACCUGCAGCACCCGAGCAGCGAAAGCACCGUCUCCUCCGAAAUCGCCUCCGCCACCGAGAGCCGCAAGAAGCCCAGUCAUUAUUCAGAGGCGGCCGCCGAGGCCGACAUGAGCAGCGACGUGGAGGUGGGCUGCUCCGCACUGCGCUCCCCCAGCGGCCUGGGAGCCGCGCCGCUCAAGGAAAACAAUGCUAAAGGGUACGCGGAGAGCGGCUCCGUCGCGGGCACCACAACGUCGGCCUCCGGCUCUGGCCUCGGCAGUCUGCAUGGAGGUGGCGGCGGCAGUAGCGGGAGUGCGGCGUUGGGCGGCUCUGGCUCCGGUUCCAGCGCCGAUCAGGUGCGGCGAUACCGGACGGCAUUCACCCGCGAACAGAUUGCGCGCCUGGAAAAGGAGUUCUACAGGGAGAACUAUGUGUCUCGGCCCCGCCGGUGCGAGCUGGCCGCUGCACUCAACCUGCCCGAAACCACCAUCAAGGUGUGGUUCCAGAACCGGCGCAUGAAGGACAAACGACAGCGCCUGGCCAUGUCGUGGCCGCAUCCAGCGGACCCCAGCUUCUACACCUACAUGAUGACACACGCGGCGGCCACCGGAAGCCUACCCUACCCUUUUCACUCGCACGUGCCGCUGCACUACUACCCGCACGUGGGCGUCACCGCGGCUGCAGCAGCGGCCGCCGCCUCCGGAGCGGCGGCGGCGGCAUCCUCGCCCUUCGCCACCUCCAUCCGUCCUCUGGACACCUUCCGCGCGCUCUCCCAUCCUUAUUCGCGGCCGGAGCUGCUCUGCAGCUUCCGCCACCCCGGGCUCUACCAGGCGCCGGCCGCCGCCGCCGGGCUCAACAGCGCGGCCUCGGCGGCCGCUGCAGCGGCGGCUGCAGCCGCGGCGGCCUCCUCGGCGGCGGCGGCCGGGGCGCCCCCCAGCGGUAGCUCGGCGCCCUGCUCGUGCCUCAGUUGUCACAGCAGCCAGUCUGCGGCCGCGGCCGCCGCCGCUGCAGCGGCAGCGCUGGGCUCCCGGGGCGGCGGCGGCGGCGGCGGCGGGGGCGGCGGCGGAGCCGGGACGGCGGGCGGCUCGGACUUUGGCUGCAGCGCCGCCGCGGCGCCGCGCUCCGAGAGCGGCUUCUUGCCCUACUCGGCCGCGGUGCUCAGCAAGACCGCCGUCAGCCCGCCGGACCAGAGGGACGAGGCGCCGCUCACCAGAUAACUACACCGCCGCCAGGGGCCGCGCCAGCCGCUCGGCGUGCGCCCCGUCGGGGCCCCGAUUGGCCCUCGGCUACUGCUGCCACUAGGGGGCGCCCCGGGGCACGGGAGGGCGAAAGAAACCUGCCCGAGUUUGGGGGGUCGGGGGGCAGGGGCCGGCGUGAAGGCCUAGCGGGAUCCCCCCAUAUGAUCUCUAUUUUUGUAUCUCCAACAUAGCUUUCCCCCCCUCCCCGCCCACUCCCAACCCUACGCCUUCUAAACGUUGGUCCCACUCUGCAGGCCCAGCUUUCCACAUGUCUGGAGUCCUCGGUCUCCAAAGACAACUCCCCACGGGCCAGUCAGACUGAUCCAGGCGUUCCGUCGCUGCUGAUCAGCCCCAGGGCCCCGAGUUACCCUGGGGGGGUGGCUAGAAGCAAUGGGGGUGCCAAGACAAAGCGAGAGAAUUGUGGGCGUUAGUACUUGGGCGAGGGAACGUCAGCCUCCUAACCUCUCAGAUUCACGCUGCUGCUCUUUUUCUUGUCUUUGAACGAAGGGGGAGAAGGAAAAGGCAGAUUUUCUCAGCUUCUUGCUUGCUAGGGGCCUUUGUCCAAGGGGAGCAGGAGGAUGGGACUGUGAGAAGCCACAAGGCAGACAAGGAAAUGCGUGGUAGACAUCUUUGACAGCGGCGCAGGGCUGCAGCGGUUUGUUCUGUUCUGUUCAGUUCGGAAAGGACAAAGGUGGGAAAGGGUGGCGAUUGCGCUUCCUUCUCUCCCGUUCACACUACAGUUAGUUCUCUUUUAGUCUUUGGUUUCUGUGCUUAGGAAAUGGAAGGGUUUUUUUUUUUUUCCCUUGGAUAUUUUGUGUAAAACGUAAUGGGUAUAGAGGUUGUCAUAGCCAGGACUGAAGGAAAGGGAAACAGAGAGAAGGUGAGGGUCAAACUGACAUUGUAGUUUGUGCAGAGGCAAUUUCAUCUCAGUUUUCCAACCUUCGAGCUCCACUCGAUCUGGGAAAUACUUGAAUCUCUAGGUAUAUGAUAGCAUCCUAAAAAUGUCCUUAGACACGUUUAUGAGUUGGAACUCUGUAUUUCUCUGAACCCUUUCUUUCCUUGUUUUCCUUUUCCCCGGGUAAAAUGGUUCUUGGUGUAUUUCUCACGCAUGUCUGUUGCCUUCUUCUCUGCAAAGCCACCGCUGUGUUGCUGAGACCUGCUCUGCCAACCCUGGCUACAGGGGGGGUUUCCUUGAACUUGAAGAAAGGUACAUCACAGCCCACCAGUGUUAACUGCCACGUCAAUUUUGAUGCUAAUAAUGUGCAGAUUAUGACGAAAAUUGCCAAUCAUGCUCUCUGAUGGACCUCCUUUGAAUGUGGAAUUGGAGAAAAGUUCCCCGCACGGAGACCUGCUGUCAAGUACUAACAACCCGCUAAGGGAAGUCAUUAGGAGAGACGGAUAAGAGACUCGGUACAUAAAACAUUGUUCUUGGUGCAUAGAAUGUAUGUUAUUUAAUGUUAUCUCUGUUACCUGAAGUGAUUUCGCAGAAAAAAAGCCACGUUCUUAUCAUCUCAAUGGCCAAUUUUCAUUUUGGUAACUUGGACACCCUGGGUAGACUUUUCUCUGUUAAGUUGAUAUUCCACCAAUGUGAACAGCCUCAUUAAAUCAAGCCCAGAUAUUUCCAUAGAGCUCCCCGCAGAGCCUCUUCGCUCCUCACAUAAUGAGAUUUUCUGAAGAGUUGAAACCCUAAAAUAACUUGCAUGCUUAGGCCCAGCAAAGUGGGUAUAUGUGUGUAUGCAACCUGCGUGUGUAUGUGUAUAUAUAUAUGUAUAUGUAUGCAUAUGCAUAUAUAUAUUCGUGCUCUUAAAUACAUAUAUAAGAGAUACACACAUCCAUAUGUACACAUUGGCACAUUUUCUGUGAUUUAUUUCAAAUUCGUUUCCUAGCAUUUUUUGUUGUUAUUUUAAAGACACUGGAUUUUAAAUUUUUCACUCCCUGAGGAUAGAUUUUUCAUUAUAUGUUGAAAUAAUUAAUUUUUCCUGGAAAAUUAUUUUUAUCAAGUGGAAAAGAUUUCAAGGGGAAGCAGUAUUUCAAAACUCUUGUGAUCUAUUAUGAUAUUCCCAUAAAAUAUUAAAGAACUUCCCAAGGAAAUAACAAUGAUCUAAAACUCAACUUUUUUUCUAAAGAGAUGAGACUACUUAUGUAAAAAAAUGAUUAUACCAGCUCAUAUUCACUAAGUUUACAUUAAAAAUAUUAAUAUAUAAUUUAAGACUAAAUAAAAUAAACCAAAAUAUGGUAUCCUUUUAUCAGCUUUACCUUUCUAGAUUGUUAAAGCUCUUUGUUAUGAUCAGCUAUCAGAUGUAUAUAAGGUACUUUAGGCAAUAAUGUUUACAUCCCCCCUCCCAAAUAUAUAUGAUUGAUGAGAACGCUGGCUGGUGAAAUGAACAUAAAUUCAUCUUAUGUUAGGUCCACUGGAUCUGGCUAGUAUAAUAAAAUAAAACUGUAAAUAAAGUCUUUGUGCUUUAAAUAUUGCUGGCUGUAUGAACUCACUGUAAGAUAUUUUACAAAUGUGCAAUAAUUAUAAAGCUUUGUAUAUUACGUUAUUUAUUGUGUUUGGUCAUGUAAAAUAAAUGUUAUUUAAAUCAGA